UCCCUCUACCCCGGCCCUCUGCAGAUCUGUGGGUCUGUGGGUCUCUGUCAAGUAUCCGGCGGCGCACCUGCGGCGAGAAUCAAGAAAAGGGGAGACAUCAAGGAUAGGCCCAGGAGUAAUGGCGUCCAAAGAGGAACAAGUGGAUAAAAAUCUCAACAUGGAAAAUGCCAACCAGGAAAACGAAAUAAAGGAUGAAAAGGAGCAAGAUGCUAAUAAAGGAGAGCCUGGUGAAUAUUGUGUGCCACGAGGAAAUCGUAGACGGUUCCGUGUUAGGCAGCCCAUCCUGCAGUACAGAUGGGACGGGGGUCAGAGGCUUGGGGAGCCACCGGCAAGGAUGAGACAGGAGAAUAGGGAGAGAGUUGGGGAGGAGAUGAGGCAGCUGAUGGAAAAGCUGAGGGGAAAGCAGUUAAGUCAUAGUCUGCGGGCAGUUAGCACGGACCCCCCUCACCAUGACCAUCACGACGAGUUUUGCCUUAUGCCUUGAGUUCUGAUGUUUUCCCUGAAGUUAAUAGGGAUACAUCUGCUUUCUAAAGACACAUGUUUGUAAUGUACCUUUGUUGUAAAUCUUUUGAUUUCACUUGUAUCUGGUGGGUCUUUCUCAGCUUCUAGUUCAAUGUGGUGCUUUUGUCCCAGCCUAUGAGAUUUUCUUACCAGGAGAAUUUCACCUAUUGCAUGGAAAGAUACUUAUGAUAUAUUCUGAACUUAAUAAAGCAGUUUUAAAA